GCUCUGAUAGACGACAGUUUUCUAAGUCUAUACAAUUCGUCUGUAGGUGGGAAAAGAAGACUACCUAGCUCCAAGUAGAUCCAUGUAAUAAUUAAAAGAGCCAAGUACUAACUACUGCCUAGCUGAGCCAUGAAGAUUGAAGAAGCAAUAGAAAAGAAAGAGAUUGAGAGGGAGGAGAUGGAGAUGGAGAUGGAGAUGGAUCCACAAGAUGAACCAGAAGGGUCAAGGAGACCUCAACCAUGGACAAAGCAAAUCACAGUAAGAGGGUUCACAGCGAGCAUUCUUAUUGGAGCCAUCUACAGUGUGAUAGUUAUGAAGCUAAACCUCACAACUGGGCUGGCUCCAAAUUUUAAUGUCUCUGCUGCACUUCUUGCUUUUGUAUUCGUUCGAUCUUGGACACAAAUGCUUCGAAGGGCAGGAUUUGUAGUCAAACCCUUUACUCGGCAAGAGAAUACGAUGAUACAAACCUGUGCAGUUGCAUGCUUUAGCCUAGCACAUGGAGGUGGAUUUGCUUCUUAUCUUUUGGGGUUAAACAGGAAGACGUAUGAGUUGUCAGGGGUGCAUACUGAAGGAAAUCCUUCAACUUCUAUAAAGGAACCUGGAUUUGGUUGGAUGUGUGGAUACCUGUUCCUAGUUUGCUUUGUUGGUCUUUUUGUUUUGAUUCCACUUAGAAAGAUUCUGAUAGUAGACAUGAAUUUAACGUUUCCAAGUGGCAUGGCAACUGCAGUUCUCAUCAAUGGUUUCCAUAGCAGAGGAGAUAAGAUGGCAAAGAAACAAGUUCGUGGAUUCAUGAAGUACUUUUCAAUCAGCUUCUUAUGGGCAUUUUUUCAGUGGUUUUACACUGGGAAAGAAGGAUGUGGAUUCUCACAGUUCCCUACUUUUGGGUUGAAAGCUUGGAAGCACACAUUUUUCUUUGAUUUUAACACCACUUUCAUUGGAGCUGGAAUGCUUGUUUCUCAUCUAGUGAACUUGUCUUUACUUCUUGGAGCUGUGCUCUCAUAUGGGGUUAUGUGGCCACUUAUUGGUCAACUUAAGGGAGACUGGUUUCCAGCUUCUUUAGAAGAAACUAGCAUGAAGAGUUUGUAUGGUUACAAGGUUUUCUUAGCAGUUGCUCUCAUCCUAGGAGAUGGGCUCUACAAUUUCGUUAAGGUAAUGGUUUGUACAAUCAUCAAUGUUCAUGGCAGAGUACGGGACAAGAAACUCAGUGAAGCAGCUGUGGAUCACCAGAAGAAGCACCUUGAUGAUCAAAGAAUAAAUGAAACGUUCCUCAGAGAGACAAUACCUUUGUGGGUAGCAGUCAUUGGAUACAUAGCCUUCUCUAUUCUAUCCGUAAUUGCAGUGCCAAUCAUAUUUCCUCAACUUAAGUGGUAUUAUGUCAUUGCCGCUUAUGUUCUUGCUCCAUCUUUAGCAUUUUGCAAUGCCUAUGGAGCUGGUCUAACCGAUAUAAACAUGGCCUAUAAUUAUGGGAAAGUUGCGCUCUUUGUGCUAGCAGCGGUAUCCGGGAGAGAGAAUGGUGUGGUGGCAGCACUUGCCGGAUGUGGCCUUGUUAAAUCUGUUCUUUCUGUUGCUUGCAUCCUGAUGCAGGAUUUCAAAACAGCACAAUUGACAUCCACCUCCCCCAGAGCAAUGUUUUUGAGUCAGGUUGUUGGCACAGUAAUUGGGUGCAUCGCAGCUCCUAGCAGUUUUUUCCUAUUUUACAAGGCAUUUGAUGUUGGAAAUCCAUAUGGAGAAUUUAAAGCUCCUUAUGCCCUAAUUUACAGAAACAUGGCAAUUCUAGGUGUUGAUGGUUUCUCAGCUCUGCCCCAACAUUGCUUGCAGCUAUGCUAUGGUUUCUUUGCUUUUGCUAUAGCAAUUAACCUGGUGAGAGAUUUUUCACCGCAGAAGAUCGGACAAUGGAUGCCACUUCCUAUGGUCAUGGGUGUUCCAUUUCUCAUUGGUGCUUCCUUUGCGAUAGAUAUGAGUAUUGGAAGUUUGAUUGUUUUAAUAUGGCAUAAACGAAACACCAAGAAAGCUGAGUUCAUGGUUCCUGCUGUCGCCUCAGGAUUAAUCUGUGGAGAAGGGCUGUGGACUCUUCCUGAAGCUGUUCUUGCUUUGGCCCAAGUAAAGCCACCUAUCUGCAUGAAAUUUGUAGCUUCCUAGAAAGAACUUACUCGAUACAUAUUGCAAGUUCCAGAAAAAUUGUUGUCAGAUUAUAUCACCAAAAUGGGCGUUAAUAAUACUUAAUCCCCCUAGCUUUGACUAACGCA